CUCCACUCCACUUCAGUUCAUUCUCAUUUAGAUUCUUUUUUAUUUUUUAUUUUUUAUUUUUUUUUCGCAAAAAGAGACUCGGAAUUAUUUUUCACUCUAUUCCUCUAUCUUUCUACUGCCCUUUAUUUUAUUUUAUUAUAUCUUACUUGUGGUCUCCUCCUUUUGAGGCCAUAUCUUUACAACCGAAAAAAAUAAUACAUAGUAUGCCACAUAUCAUCGACUCAAAACCUGCAUCUACAGGCCCCGCAACAGCAGGGAUAGGAAUACAUGCAACCGCAACCGCCUCCCGCACAACAAUCAUUGCCAAACAUCAAUCCUCAUCCCCUCUUGCGAAAGAAACCCCUGUUGCCGCAGCAAGCAAAACAAUGGAUAUCGGGUCCGAGUCCGAAUCCGAGUCCGUGUAUUCUUUGUACACGGAUGAUUCCGAACUUGAUGAAACUGACCUCUCUUCAGCAGAGUCACAAACAGAACAGCAACAACAACAACAACAGAAACAACGAAGAGGAAGAAGAAGAAAAGGAUAUGAUCUUUUCUCUCAAUUACCUGAUACGAUUCUCCAACAAAUUCUAGCCUAUUUACCUCCCUUUCAAAUGCUCACCAUCUCGGAACUCUCUCGCAAGUUCUACAACUUUGUAGUCUUGGGACAGGAGAUGAAUGAGGUUUGGUUCCGAUUAGUGAAACAUGAAGAGGCCGAGGAAAAGAAACGGGUAGAGUGGUAUAAGCAAAAGAGACUGGAACAGGAACAACGAAAUGUUCAGAUGAUGCGCUCAUUUUCCAAUUCUUCCACUGGCUCCAUUGGCUCUAGCUUUGGAGAGGACUCCGUUGCACCAUUAUCGAAACAGGCCCAGAGACUCUUGAACAAGAAACAAGAGGCCGCCGGUAAAUCAACAGGAAGUUCAGUCAAGGUGAUGAAACGCUCAGACCGAAAGAAGAAUUGGUGCAAGAUUUAUGUGGACUCGAUUUUACGUGGCAAUGGUGAGAGUCCUUUAGAAUCCUUGGAUAAAGUUGUACCAGGGUCCGCCAAGAAAUCCCGUACUUUUCAGACGAUUAUCUUGAAUGAACCACUUUCUGAGGACCAUUACAGGGAAUAUCAAGGUGGCUCCUCUGAUGAUAAUACCACUGCCAAUAAAGAGAUGUCACGUGAAGCCAAGACUCAAGCCAAAAUUGAAAAGCGAAUGUACUACAAGAUGAUUCGAGCUAAACCUAAAGGCAAGAAGGCUGGACAGUUAGACUCUGCUGCUGCCAAAGCAGAUAGAAUGUUGUCCUGGAAACAGCAACCGGAAUGGAGCGAGCAGGAUCAGCUGGGCGACUAUUAAGCGAUUUUUUUUUUUUUUAUUCUCCAAAAACAUAUAUUCAUUCAUACAUGCAUACAAUAAGAAACUCGGUCAUAUCAAUAUUUUUCAUGCCUUUUUCUUCUUUACCCUCUUCACUCUCUUUUUCUCCCAUGACUGGCAUGUAACUUUCUAGUAGAUAUACCCUGAGCUAUCACCCAAAUCAUCGUAUUACAAAACAUUAUCGUUUUCACAUAUCUCUUGACUGAAUU